AUGUCGACUCCCUUACCAGACUUCACCGACAUUGCCCUCUUCCCUACCUUCCUUACAAUUCCAGAGCAUGACCCAGCCGCACCGCCGUCGGUGGCAGCGCCCCCGCCGGGUCAAGGACCAUGGUACCUCCUGGCCCAGAUCAAGGACAACAUGACCAUCAACAAGCCCACCCUCGUCCUCACUGACCGGGGCGCCAACCCCUUUGCCCUCGUCUGGGAGGACCUCGGGCGGGACGACCUCGACCUCAAGGGGCUUGGGUUCAAGAAAGGCUGCACGGCCGUCAUACCCAACGCCAGGCGCACGAAGCCCGCCGACGAGGGGAAGCGCGGCUUUGUGAAGGUAGAGAAAAGCGAUGCGCGUGCCGUGAAGUCUGUACCCGGCCCCCUGGAGAGAGUACUGGCGCUGGGUGGAAAGGUGAAGGGGACAAAGUGUGAGACGUGCGGUAGGGAGGGGCAGGAUGGCUUGAAAAGCUGUACUGGGUGUGAGAGGGUCGGAUAUUGCAGCAAGGAAUGCCAGCUGAAAGGGUGGAACGAAGGAGGUCACAAGGGCGACUGCAAGAUCCUCAAGGCUCUGAAUGUCAUUUUCACAUAA